UCAGCUCACACAAAGCGUAAGGAAGAAAUCGAAAGAAAAUCGUCGAAAGAGCUCUAAACAAGUGAACCGUACCAAAUCCAAACGUUGCAAGUCACGACCAACUCGCGAAUACCAGGAAAAUGAGCGCGAGGUACUAGCUUUAUUGGAGAACACAAGCCUCUCUAUCGAUAACAGUCCACAGAGCCAUCGGAAAGAUGAGUUAACGUUGAGUCUGGAUUUUUUUUGCCGCACCAGCGAGGAAGAACUCCCAACAGCCGGCAGCUCUGCGCAACAUAAAAAGCUACUGAAGACCGAUAGUAUUGAAGCAGCUAGCUUAGACAAUGGCAGUGAGAGAACUGAAGAGGAUGAAAAGCAGCAGGAAGAGUUUACAACUGCUGACGAGGAUGACGAGAAUGCGUCUGAGGGCAGCGAGCGAACUGUUUCACCUAAUUCUACACAGCAGCGCGAGCAAACCGCUUCCACCUACAUACAAGUCGACCAAGAUGAUGUGGUCGUGCAACGGAUUGAGUGUGAAAGGUUCAUACCAGACGCAAAUUUGCUUUUCAAGCCACAAGCGAAACUCACGUCGGAAAUCGCCUUGGCUGCAAGUAGUCUUGGCAAUCUGGAUAGUCGAGGAAAACCGCAAGUAUUACAUGCCAAUAUAUGUCGCAUGCUGAAUCGGCAUCAAGCAGAGCAGCGUGCGAGAGAUGAGCCCAUCUCUAAGGCGGUUGUAGAACAACUAAAGCUUACCAAUUCAACAUGGUCAUCAUAUAUAAAGGAUCGUACACUUUACCGCAGCUUUUGUGCACAUAAAUUUCAUCCGGUAUUUUGCGAACCGACACGUCAACCGGACGAGAUACCCACAAGGAAACUCGUGCGCAUCUACUUGAAGGAGCUACUCUUCACGGCACAUCCGCAUUUGUUGGAGGAACAUCGACUCUCUAACGCCUUGGAGGAGCUCUAUGAGAAUUAUGUGCAGCGGCAACAACAACGUGUUUGUAAAAAGCUGCGCGCACAACUGCAGACCGAGCGUCGUGUGGUCAAUGAGCUGUUGCUGCGUGAGUCAAGGAACAGCGCCGAACAGGAGUCGGCACGCACAAUUGAGCGACGUGCGCGUCAACUGGAGAAUCAAUUACUGAGCGUGCGUGCGCUACGCAAUAGGCUUUAUGAGGAGGAGUCGAAAUCUAAGCAGCUGCUCAAAGAAAUACUGGACACUUGGAAGUGUCUCAAGCAACUACGUAAGACACAAGAUUACCAAUGUACACGCUUCAAACUACGCAUACACGUAGAGGAUGCGGCAAAUACGGCCGCGGAGGCACAACGCUGGGCCGAACGCUUCGAGAUGGACUUGAAUGAAAUUUACCGCGAGGAGUUGGAGAUUUAUUACCGCGCCAAACGUUUGUGGAAGGAGCGCGUUCGCAAGGCCGAUAUAGCGGAGCUACCAAUUAAGCCACGUAAACCGGAUAUCACACAGUUGUCGACGGAGUUGCGCGCCAAGUUAGCCCAGUGUUUGGGUGCGCAAGGCGAACCGAAGAUCAAUGUACAACUACAUCGUGUAUGUGAGGGCGAGUUUUACAAUCUGCCCGGUUUGAAGCGACUAAAAAGUUUCUUCAUGAAAAUUUACUUCGAUGGUGAGUUUGUGAGCGCAACGCGCAGUUAUCGCAUCGAACCCGAUUUACGCAUACCGAUGAACGAGGUGUUUGGCAUCUUUUUGGAGCGGCGCAUGCCAAAGGAUAUAAGAGUAACGCUCUACGAAAAAUUCCGUCUGCACUCAGCGCGCAAAGUUGUCGAUAUAGCAGUGCCUAUACCGCACGCGCUGCACACGGCCGACACCGAGCACCAACGCAUAUGCUUUACAGCACCUCAAUCUUUGAACGUUAGUGGACGUCUCACCAUACGUUUUCAAUGUGAGGAGCAAGUGGACUUGAGCGCCCGCUGGUAUGUGCCAACUGCCGCCAACACCAGUCCCACCGGCUCGUUGCAAAGCUCACCCGCAUGUCCAGCAAUGGCGCGUGAGCUCCAUGCCGAAAAGCUAUUAGUGCAAUUCGACGACAAUGCACAGCACACUGACGAGGACGAAGUAGCAAGUGCGUCGGCCGAACCGGAUAAAGCGCCAGCGAAGUCACUUAACACCUGCACCUUCGAAGAGGACUUAUUGCAUUUUUGUCCUAUCGAAGAUUUGAAGCAUAACCGACGCUUUAAGCUGCUGCGUUCACGUUACUUGAAAAAUGAUCCGCGCACGCGCGAACUGCGCUUUAUUGCGGCGCUGGACAAUGAGCUUGAGUUCGAUUGGUCCGAUAAGGAGGAGGCGAUUAUUGAAGCGGGCGAUUGGCUGGAUCCGAUCGAUUUGCAUAAACAUGAAGGCAAAAAGUAUCUAAAGCAACUCUACGAAGCGAUACGUAGUCAGUGUGCGCGUUUGAGCAUUGCUGCGGCAAGCGCUGAAGAGUUGCUGAUCGGCGAUGUGCCAGCCAGUUGGAGCACAUUCUUUCAGGCUUUGAGUUUGAUCUUCAACCCCAGACGCACAUUGAGCGCGCCACCCACUCUGUCAGCUACGUCACAUGCGCAUGUACUGGAUAUGGAUGCUAGUCAAAACUACAAGAUCGUUUUGAAUAUCGUACGUGCUACCGGUAUACCAGUGCGCAUACCAAACACGACGGAUAACGAGAGUAAGGAACGCAGCAAUGAGAGCCCGAACAUGUUCGUGACGCAGCUUUAUAAAUACUCCAACGUGCGUCCUUUCAUAGUACUAAGUUACAGAGAUAAAUUUUGUCGCUCGCUAACCGUAGAGGGUUCAAAUCCGACAUGGAAUGAGCAACUCAUUUUGCAGUUCAGUGGCAGCUUGACGGAUAUGCGCGAUGAUCUCAAAAUCUCGCUCUUCGACGAAGUGAUCGAGAAUCAUCUUAACGAUGAGCUCAGUGUGCGCAAUAUGGACAUCUAUCAGCGCGUACAAACUAAUUGGCUGGGUGAAUACCGCUUUCCCAUGCACACACUACUCUCACAACAAAAGCUUGAUGGCGUAAUCGAGUUGAAGACACCCAAAGUACUGCUUGGCUACAAACAACCAACUCUGGAGCACAUAACCUCACAAGCUGACGUGAAUAUAUCCAUUGAACAAUUUCCGGAAAUAAAAGAAACGUUGCGCCUUUGGCUCUACAUGAGCAUUGAGCCGCACGUGACAUUGCCACACAUUAAUACCGCUAGCUUGGAAUGUGCCGAAUUGAAGGACGUGCGACAGCAGUUGCUACAGUGGUCGCUGCAAGCGCAAGAGCUGCAUCCCGCACGUUAUAUUGAACCGUUAGUUUGUACAGCAGAGGGUAAACGCGUGUGUUUAACGCGUCUUUUGGAACCGGUGUCACUGCCGUUGGAGUUGAACGAACAGAAGUUCGAAUUGGCUUGCCGUUUCGUCGCACUCUUGAAUGUAUUGAAGACCUACGAUCCGUGCAUGCGCUUCGAUGGCAUUUGGCUAAAUAACCAAUGUGUGUUGGAUACCAAUUGGUGUACGUUGAAGGAUCUUGGCGUGUUGUUAUGUAAUUUUCUGCUCGGUAUUGGUGUUAACUGUUGGCUCGUGCUCGGUCAUGCCACAACAUACGGCGAGUGUGCCUUUGUUUUGUAUCGAAAUGAUGAAGGUGAACUCUUGCUCAUCGAUCCUCAGACGGGCAAACGUUUCGGUACAAAAGAUGUCUUCUGUCCGCUCUAUAAGAUAUGCAUGGUGGUGGCGCAGGAUAAUUUAUAUGCCAACAUUCAAUCUGAAGCACGUAUCACAAUGACGAAUUUCAAUUUGAAGGACACAUCCUGUUGGCUGCCCGCUUUCUCGAAACGCAAUCCCGCCCCUUUGGGCGGUGUACAAAAACUAGAUUACACUUACCAGCUCGCCUUCAAUACAUUCGAGCUGAGGCGCAACAUUGAGCGAAAGAUAAUGAAGAAAAUCAAUUCGUGGCGCGCUAUGCGUAAGACCAUUUGGAAUCGCGCCUUUCAGCCACGCCUUCAAAGCAUUCUUCAAGACUUAGAACAACUAUGUAUAUCCGACAAUGGAUCGUACACUGAAGCGAAGUACACCGAUCAAGUAGCGGCUGAAUUUCCAAACUAUAAGAUCUAUGGCUAUGCCCUCAACUUUCCUUAUACAAAUCUCACUUCGAUUUCUGAACGCAUCAAGUCCACUGGCAUACAUUUGAAUUCGGAUAAGCGUGUUGAGUUUUGCUUGGCGACACAUAUACAUAUCUAUCCAAAUGAUGUGCUCUCUGUGUGGAUAUUUCUGAUAUCAUUGAUACCUAUCGGGUUUAAUUAAGGGUUAAGUUAA